UAUCCAAGUCUUUUAAGCAGGGUUACUUUUCGAAGAAUUCUUAGAUUAAGGCAAGAACGCAAUCAGCGAGUUCCUAAAUGUGCCCGAUGUCGUAAUCAUGGAUUGGUUUCUGCUCUCAAAGGACACAAAAGAUAUUGCAAAUGGAAAGAUUGCAUGUGCGCGAAAUGUACACUCAUAGCAGAAAGGCAGCGAGUGAUGGCAGCGCAAGUGGCAUUAAGAAGGCAACAAAGCCAGGAUGAAAAAGAGGCAAAGGACUUAGAACUACUGCUUGGAGUAGGAAAUGCGUGCUUAUUUGACAUUUUUGCGAACUCUAAACUAUUAAACUUCUUGUGA